AUGGACUGCUCGUUUUGCCACAAGCCCAUCGGCAGCUUCUUGCUGCACUACGAGAAGUGCCAAAGUUGUCGAUGGCGCGUUCACCCGGAGUGCAAGCCGCGCAUCGGCGAGUCGUGCGGGCUGACGUCGAACCACCUACGAGCCGCCAUGGACGAGAUGAUCCAGCGCAACAACGAAGACUCCUGGUUUGGAACCAAGCGUAACUCGUCCACGUCGUCAACGCUGCGCCGCUCGAGCACCAGCAGCAACAUGACCCUGUUGCACAUCUACGGUGGAGAGGACACUUCGACCGAGUGCUCAGGCUCCACCGGCCUCGAAAUUGAGAGUGAUCGAAGCGCCUCCAGGCCUCAUCAUGCCAGCUACAUUGCUGAAGCGGCUAGCUCGUUCAGGCCGGAAUCGCCUAUUUCACUCGGUUCCGAUCCGAAGAACGCUCGUCGACAAGAUACUCGAUUACCGGCCAUCAUCCACUCGCCCGCCCCGGUGUCGCCCUCCGUGUUCGACAGCGACUGGAACCUCUUCCACGCUCCCGAGGCCAUCGUCGGCUCCUCGUCUUGGACGGACGUGACGAUCCCGCUCGAGAAGCUCAAGUUCCACAACAUCACCAAGUCGUUCAUCGGCCGUGGCCGCUUCGGAGUGGUCCAAAAAGCCGACUACUACGGCGACGUCGCCGUGAAAUUUCUCGACAUGGACCACGUUGAACGAGGGCAGCGAAGGGACGAAUUUAUGAAGUGUGUCGAGAAUUUCAAGAUUUGCCAGGCUCUCUCCUAUCUCCACGCGAAGAACAUCAUCCACGGAGACCUGCGAUCCAAGAACAUCUUCGUCGAGCAAAGACGGCGCGUCCUCGUCACUGACGUCGGCCUCUUCAGCAUGAAGCGUAUGAAGAAUCCUCAUCGAAAAUACACAAUCAUCACCCCGACUUCAUGGCUGCCCUACCUCGCGCCGGAGCUGAUCACCGAGAUUGCCGACGACUUCAGAGAAUUGCCUUCCAACGAGGAGACGGACGUCUAUGCUUUUGGUACCAUCUGGCAUGAGCUUCUCGUCGGGCGACUCCCCUGGUCUGGCAGCCCCCCUGAAACAAUCAUCUGGCGGGUUGGGAACGGGGUGAAGCCACGCAUCCCCAAGGACUGCCCAUUUGACGGAAUAUGGAUCCUCUCCGCCUGCUGGUCACACGACCCAUCCGAUCGACCAUCAUUCCCCGAACUCCUCCACGACAUGCGCCAGAUGCCAACGCUCAAGUACGACGCGAACCCGCGUACCAAGAGCUUCGAAAGUAUCAUC